CAGCACUAGGCGAAUAUUCAUCCACGCCCGCUCUUGGACCAUGAAAUUGACCACUUGAGUUUCGAGAACUUGGAACUAGUGCACCGUGGACAGUCCACUAAGAAUUUAUUUGUGUGGGGAUGGAAUCACCGUCCUAAGGGAUCAUGCGGAGGCGGUUCCCCAUCCUUGCCAAUAUCGAAAAGCAAUCGGAAUCACCUUCUGCAGCCUUUUCAUCUUGCUUGGAUUUUCUUUUUCACCACGUUGGCUGCCUGACAUCGAUCUAUCAAACAAGAAAUUGCAACAGUGAUCGUUGUUCUCGCUGUCUUCAUUAUCUAAACUGCCCAACUCACCCUCGUCUCUCGACUUCGCCGCCAACCUUGCAUGAAAAUGCCUCCUUCUCGAACUCAAAUCUAGACACACCUCUUCUUCCCGAGUAGCAACGGAAUCAGCGGAGGCCAUGGAGCAGGAUGAGCCAUCCCCGCAGGUUGAUACUCCUGUGUCAAAAUCCAAGUCUCGUCCACACCGUCUGAUGAAGCGUGUAUCACGGGCGUGCUUACACUGCAGACACCGCAAAUCAAAAUGUGAUUUAGACGGGAGUGGCAGCCCAGGGGUGCCACCAUGUCAACGCUGCAUUCGAGACGGUCGCGAAUGCGUCUUGGGUGGAUCAAACCGUGGAGGUCGCCGCAUUCGCAGAAAUAAAAUUAAAAAUUUCACUCCGGAUAUCAAUUCGCCCGCGCAAAGGACUUCCACCCUAGACCCAAACAGCCCGUCGCACUCGGAAACCACGCAACCAAUAUCAAACUCUUAUCCAGGCCCCGUUGUAUCCGUACCAUCCAAACCCCUUCCAACAAUUACUCCAGUAUCGGUCGACGAUGAAGAUACGGCAUCAAUUGGCUCGGUCCCUCGCAAUCCGUCCGAUGCUUGGCAAUGCCUGACUGACAUAGCGAAAAGAGGCACCGAUGACCCUAGCCCCGAAGCAACAACAGACUCCUUACGUCCCGGUCCUGGGGGCUAUUCCGCGUACAAUCCGCUUCAAAAUGGCGACCUGUCUCACUUCCAAACAAAAACCGGCAUCAAGGCCUACAGGCUGGUGCAGUCACGAUCAUUAGACCCCGGAACAGUCUGGCAGCUGGUCGCUCGCUACGCUGAACAUUUUCACCCUUACCUGCCGCUGGUUCCGCGAAAGUAUUUCCAUCAUACGGCGCUUGACGCGUUCGCAAGCAAUGAAAAGCAUUUACUAACUGCAGUGCUCACGAUUGCCUCGAAAGAUCUAGUGGAACGGCCAGAGAUCCACGAGUACUGUUCCAAGUAUAUGCAUGAAUUGAUAUCUGGAAUUGCCGCCGGGGCUGACUGUGAUGUGGAAGCUGUGGAAGCACUGCUUCUCCUCGCAGAAUGGGAGCCCCAAGGCUUGCGUCCGCGUAUUGAGCGAGUUGGUCGGGGUGAAGAAGACCGUGCUGCCUGGAUGCACGUCGGGCUUGCGCUACGCUCCGGAUAUUUCCUGGGCUUGGAUAGAACGUGUUUCCGCGGAGAUUCUUCUGGGGACCCCGAUGCAGAGGCACGCAGACGGUUAGCGUGGACCAGCUGCUACAUCUCAGACCGACUGAUCUCCGUGAGAAUUGGGCGUGCUUUCUGGUCGCGAGGCCCAGGCCCGAUGACUGGUCUUGUGAGCCAGGACUUCCCGUCUCUUCAGCCUGUCCGAGAUGGCGAAGAAGACUAUGCCAAGAUUUUCCAAGCGAUGUUAGAUCUUACGCAAUUAUACGGGAAUGUUCACGAAGUUCUCUACUCGGGAAUGCGGACUAGCAACCAAAUGAUGAUGAUGGGCGAUUACGUUAAAUAUGUUGACGAUUUCCGUGUCGCAAUCUUGCGAUGGAAGUCGUUGUGGGGUUCUCUGCCGUGUUCCACUGCCAUGCAGACUACUCUACAGCUGUCGUAUGAGUAUCUGAGAUUAUAUACCAACGCUUUCGCCUUCCAGGCUGCAAUUUCCCAGUCGUUAACCAAACAAAAGAAUGACGGUCGCUCACAGAGGGAGCACCUGCGGGCUACGUUUAAUAAUGUGGCCUCCAUGCAAGAUGCUCGGUUUAUUUAUGAAUCCCUGGAUGCUGCCAAAGCCUAUUUGACCAUUCUCGUCGAAACAGUUGAUCCCGAGCAGCAUCUUCACUUUAUGCCUCUCCGGUUCUAUUUAUAUGGGAUAUACGCUGCCGUUUUCUUAUACAAGGCGCGAUCAUUUGGAGUUAUGUUACCUGCAGAAGAAAUGAGGGUACGCGAUCUUGUAACUCAAACCACCGAGAUCCUGAAGCGUGCCAGUGCAGGACCAGACGAUAUUGGCGCUCGUUAUGCCCGGCUUCUGGAACUGCUCUGGCGUCCAAAACCCGCGACUGCACCUUCCCCAGCUAAUACUCAGAAGAGUAAUGAAGUUGCGAUACAAAGUUCCACUCCUCUGGCACAUUGCGUGCCCGAACAGGGCGGCGGCUACGUUUACUUCAGCCCUGCGAAUGAUUUCUCAUGGCUCGAUCUUGAAGCAGUAGGCGACUACGUCUCAGGAGACCCUAGCUCCCUAUCACUAGAUGCCUUCCAGAACACUGCUCUGUACCAAGCCGGUUCUGAUCGACCCCAAAUAUGGCCAAAUCCAGUCUGGCUGGGAGAUACGACAGGCACUCUUCUAUUCUAAAGGGUUGGUUCAGCCGAUUUACCGCCCUGAGCAACUGUCGGCUUUCGAAAAACCGACCCACUACAGAUUACAUAGCGGGAACACCUAUUCCCGUCUAUUCUUCAGAGGAUCAUAGUUUUUGUCCCCCCCCCCCCCCCCC